CUCAAAUUAAACCCAGUAACAGACAGUCAAGACCCAAGAGACGGAGGAACGACGAAAAGGAACAGAAAGUAACUCGUCGUGAAAUCAACGGCCGUCAACCGUCACAUCCUCCUCUACCUCCGUCGUCCCAACCCUAACGCUACUCCAUCUCCGAUUGAUCUGGUAAAUCAGAUGGAUGAUUUUGGUAUGUUAGCUAGAGAUUUCGGGUUUAGGCCCCAAGGAAAAUCCGCUCCGAUGAAAUCGGACGGUGGAGAUUUCAGGAGCCGACCUCCACCAUCGUCGUCUCCGUCGCCGUCGCCGUUUGUUGCUGAUGAGAAUCCAAUUUUUAACGACGUUUUUGGCGGUCCGCCGAAAUUCACCAACAACACUAGAUCAACACCGGCCAUGUCAGAUAUCGAUUACGAUUCGAUUUUCAAGAAUUCGUCGUCCACGAAUAAUAACGAAGCUAAAAACAAAUCUACGUCUUCCAAUUUGCCGGUUUACGAUAAACCGGUCUACGAUGACGACAUUUUCGAUGGAUUGCCCGGAAUGAAGAGCAAAUCGAUGCAUUCUGCUUCAGCGAGAUACGAGGAAAAUAUUUUUGCCUCGAUGACUUCAUCGCCGCCUAAACGGAGUCAACAGAGUGAUCAUUUUGAUGAUCUACUAGGAAAUCUUGGUCGAGCGGAGAAGGUUGAGCCACAAAAGCAGAAGGCUAGUAAGAGUUCAAGAGGUUUCGAUGAUUUGCUUCCUGGCUUUGGAAGCGGCGGUCCUUCAUCCAGUAGCAGGUCAAAUUCAGAGUCAGUGCCAGCAUCAACUGGCAGCACAAAGGUAACUUCUAAAGUAAUGGAUGAUCCAUUUGUGGUUCUAGAAUCUGCAUCAACACCUGUCACAUCACCCCCAAGUGUUUUUAUCGAUCCACUGGAAACAGUUCACAAGAUGAAUAAAUCCGGGAGCACAAAUGCUGGAGUAAGUAGGGGUGUGUUUGAUUUUGAUGACAUUGACCCCCUUCAUGGAUUUGGUAAGCCUGCACCUGCAUUCUCAAGUGAGACAAAUAACAAGGCAAAAGAUCAGAGCCCUUCCAAAGAAGGACUAAGAAGUUCAAUUCGUAAAGACCCAACAGAGAAAUCUUCUUUUAGAUUUCCUGAGACCCAAUCAGAGAAAGCACCUGUAGAAGAUUUUCAAGAAUCUCAAGAAACUGUCUUUGACAUGCCACCUGUCUCUAAAACUUCUCAUCGGUCUGUUGAUCAAACUGCUUCUCCACCUUCAUAUACUGAGACAAGUUUUCAAGAACAUGAACAAGAACAAGAACAUGAACAGCCAGCUGAUGAUAUAUGGCUUACUGUAUCAGAGAUACCUCUAUUCACACAACCUACAAAAGCACCACCACCUUCAAGACCUCCCCCUCCAAUACCAAGGCAUACUUCAAAAUCUGAAAGAGGGUAUUCUGGUAAAUACUCUCAAAGUCAUAACCCAUUCCAAGCAUCUCCAUUAGAUGAGUUUGAGAAUUUUGCCAUGGGUGGAAGUGGAACACAGGAUAACGGUGUGGACCAUGUUAAUGGUGAAGAGAUUGAUUCAAACUCAGCUGCUGCUGCAAUGAAAGAUGCCAUGGACAGAGCCGAAGCUAAAUUUAGGCACGCAAAGGAAGUAAGGGAAAGAGAACACGCAAAAGCUUCUAGAAACAAAGAAUCUGUAACUGUAAAAGUACAAAGAGACGAAAUGUCUACUGAAGAAGAUUCAUCAAAGAGGGAAGAACAAGAGAGAGAGAAAAGUAGAGUUGAGAAAGAGAGAAUGAGGGAGAUUGAAAGGGAAAAGGCUAGACAAGCUGUGGAAAGGGCAACAAGGGAAGCCCGUGAAAGAGCAGCAAACGAGGCACGUGACAGGGCAGCUGCUGAAGCUCGUUUGAAGUCUGAAAGGGCUGCUGUUCAAAGAGCACAAGCUGAGGCGCGUGAGCGGGCAGCUAUUGAUGCAAAGGGAAGGGCAGAACGGGCAGCUGCUGAAGCUAGAGAGAGGGCUUCAGCUGAAGCUGCUGAAAAGGCUGCUGCUGAGAAAGCUUCUGUUGCAAGGGCUGAAGCAGAUGCGAGGCGUAGGGCAGAACGGGCUGCUGUUGAAAGGGUUGCUGCUGAAGCUAGACAGAGAGCUGCUGUUGAUGCCCGAGAUCGGGCAGCUGCUGCUGCCCGGGUGAACCAACAAAAGAAUGAGAAUGAUCUUGAUUCAUUUUUCGGUGGGGGUUCCCGACCCAACAGUGCUCCAAGACCAAGGACAGCUUCUUCUGAUUCUGUACCUGAUCCAUUAUCACAGAACAGAAGAGGGCAGGAAGGGGCCCCACGGACUUGGAAUUCCAGUAGCGGAGUAUCUUCCAAUUCCAAUAUGAAGAAAGCGUCUUCCACCACCAAUAUUGUUGAUGAUCUUAGCUCAAUAUUUGGAGCUGCCCCUUCAUCUUCCGGAAUGUUCCCAGAUGUUGAGGGGGAAACAGAGGAAAGGCGAAGAGCCAGGCUGGAAAGACAGCAACGCACUCAGGAGCGCGCAGCUAAAGCACUGGCAGAAAAAAAUCAACGUGAUCUCCAAUCUCAAAGGGAACAGGAAGAAAAGGAUAGGAUUUCUGAUAGCCUGGAUAUGGAAAUCAAGCGUUGGGCUGCAGGAAAAGAAGGAAAUUUGCGUGCAUUGCUAUCAACAUUACAAUAUGUUUUAUGGCCUGGUUGCGGUUGGCAGCCUGUAUCAUUGACGGAUUUGAUAACUGGUGCGAAUGUUAAAAGGGCAUAUAGAAAGGCAACUCUGUGUAUUCAUCCUGAUAAGGUGCAACAGAAAGGAGCUAAUGUUCAACAGAAAUAUGUUGCUGAAAAGGUCUUUGACCUACUUAAGGAGGCUUGGAACAAGUUUAAUUCAGAGGAGCUCUUUUAAGUCAUGUGAUGGUUCUAUAUGAAAAAAAAUAUAUAUUUUUGUGGGAAAAGAAAAGAUGUGCACUCACAGAAUGUUGAUAUUAUAUACUUCUCCCUCGACUCCCCUUCCCCAUCCAAGCAUUCAAAAAUUCAAUGCGAGAGAGAGAGCUCCAGAUGUAUUGGUGAGAUGGUGGGGUAAGAGACUUUAUGUUGCUGCUGUAUAUUAGUGUCAUAUUACCAAGGGAUAAAUGUGUCGGUUCAUUCUACAUGAAUGAUUAUUGUGUUCUGCAUAUUCUUUUUGCUCUUUUUUCUUUUGUAUUAGUAAAUCUUUUUCCAGGAGCUCAAAUAGUCAAAAAGUGUUACGGGGUCUCCUUAUUUUUACUGAAAAUUUAUUCCUGACAAAACCUUCAAAUACUCGGUACUCUUCUUGGAUUUUGAUUUUGUUCGAGUGUAUAAUUAUUUUAUUCAAAUCCAACUCUUUUUGUUUUUUCAUGUUCA